AUGCCAGCUAUUGCAUCCAUUUUACACCCAAAAGAUCAGUCGCCCAGUCGAAGGAGAGCAUCUGCAAAUGAAAGUCGUGAUGGUCUUUGCUCAGCUCUUGCAUUAUCAAAAGAUGCUGUAACAUCACGUACCA